AUGUCGGUGUCCACGGACGAAGUUGACGACGACAACAACGACGAGAAAAAUGUCUCGACGACAUCCAUCGCGUCUUCUUCUUCGUCGUCGUCGUUCGACUCCUCCACCGGUCGCGAGUCGAGUCUGCAGCUGCGACAGAUCCACGAAAUCCCGCGAGAAAUCGGCGGUGUUCCGCUGCCGCGUUUGGAGCCCGCCGACCCGGCCGAGUUCGGCUCGCUCGUCAUCAAGGACUCGAGGGGCCCGCACAUCGGCAAUACCAUCAUUUACGAGCAGCCGAUCACCAUCCGGCAAAUCGUUUACGCCAAUGGAACUGCCGCUGCUGAUUCCGAGCGCGACGAUGUCUCUAGCUGCGCGAGCAGCGUCGACGAGAAAAGAUAUUACGCGAGGAAGCUAUCGCCGACAAGGAUCGACAAGAGCGACGGCUUCGCUCGAGCUAUUGGAGCGAUGUCGAUCGUCAUAAUCGUCGCUGUGGCUCUUGGCGUAACGCUGCUGAGAUCGGUUAGUGAAUCGGUCGAUAAAUCGGUCACUGAAUCGGUCAAUGAACCUUCAGAUCACGCGAUCGUCACGACCGAGGUCGCGGUCGUAGACGUGCCUGAACACGACGAACCAUCUAAGCCGCCGCCCAAAGAGGAAGAAGCGAUAUCCUGGCUGGUGAACCGAACCUCGUGGCUGGCUCGGCCGGCGCGUCGAACUCGGCCCCUGGCCCGGUCGCCGCUGCCCUACCUGAUUGUCAGCGAGACGAGCGACGAUCGCAGCGGCUGCCUCGACGGCGACUCGUGUCGUCGCGCCAUACGCCGUCGUCAGCUCUACGACCUGGACAGUCUCGGCCUCGACGACAUCGGCCCGAGCUUCCUGGUGGGCGGCGACGGCAACGUCUACGAGGGACGCGGCUGGUGGCUCGCGGGUCAGCACACGGGCCCGGGCUACGACGAGCGCAGUCUGGGCCUGGCCUUCGUCGGCCAAUCGGACUCGGUGCAGGCCAGCAGCCACCGGAGGCAAAUCGAGGCGGCUCGACGAUUCAUCGAGUUGGCCGUCGCGCGGGGUCGUCUGGCCGAGAAUUAUCGCGUCUACGCGGAGAAACAGCUGAGGGUAGGCUCGACGAGUCCGGGCGAGCGACUGUACGCCGCGGUGAAGAAUUGGACCCACUGGUCGCCCGUAGCUCCGUCGAUCGACGAUUUCCUUUGA